AUGCAGCAGAGGACGGGCGCCGCCGGAGCCACCGGCUUCCGCCGGCCGACCGUGGCCAUGGCGAGCCGCCCGUGGAUCCCGCCUUCCCCCGCCGUGGUGCCUUCGCCUGCGGCCGCCCCGUCCACCGCGGCUGCCCCGGCCGCCACCCAGGGCGGCGCGCCGUCCGUCAGCCAUGGAACCGCGCCGUCCGCCGCCCAGGCCGGCUCCCCGUCCGCCAGACAGGGCGCCGCGCCGUCCAUCGACCAGGCCGGCACCCCGUCCGGCCCGUCCUCGUCUUCAGGCAGCGCGCGGCCCUCCACCACUGUCGCGCAGAUCCCCUCCACCACUGGCGCGCAGAUCCCCUCCACCAUCUCUGAGUUGCUUCAAAGCCUCGGCGGCGGCGCCACCGAGGGGGCGGGCCACGUGGUGCGCGUCAACCUCCGGGUGGACGACGAGUGCGUCGUCAAGGGCGGCGCAGUGUGCGCCGAGGCCGGGAACUGGACGGAGAUCAAGGGCGCGUUCCGGCUCAAGAAGAGCCCCUGCGCCGCCGCGGUUACCUUCUGA